AUGUCGGCAAAAAUAGAUGUUUUAAUAGGGGCUGACUUAUUUUUUAACUUACUCUGUGUAGGGCAAAUUAGGUUAGGUAUGGGGAAACCGCUGUUACAAAAAAGCGUUUUCGGUUGGAUCAUAUCAGGACGUUUAGUUCAUGAUAAAUCAAGCACAGCUGCUCAGUCGUUUCAUUUGUUAGCCUCUCAAGAUGUACAAGAACAAUUGGAGAAAUUUUGGCAUAUCGAGGAAGUAGCCACAGCAUCGCAUUAUUCAAAAGAGGAAUCAGAUUGCGAGCAACACUUUGUAGAAAGAGUCACUCGGGACUGUUCUGGUAGAUUUUGUGUAACUUUGCCGCUGAAAGAUAAUAGCAGCAAGUUAGUUAAUUCUUUAGAAAAUGCUAAAAGUAGAUUUUACUCUUUAGAGAAGAAGUUUGCGAAAAAUGCAGUCCUCAAAGAAGAAUAUUCAGCAUUUAUUCAAGAAUAUAUCGAUUUGGGACACAUGAGUAAAAUUGAGAUUCAGAAUGAUUCUCUAAAUAAUAUAUGCUAUUUACCACAUCACGGUGUCAUAAAUGAAGGUAGUACUACUACAAAGCUACGUGUGGUGUUUGAUGCUAGUUCAAAAACCUCUAGCAAUUUUUCAUUAAAUGAUGUAUUGAUGGUUGGGCCAUGUAUUCAAGAUGAUCUGUUUGAUAUCUUGAUUAGAUUUCGACAACAUAGUGUAGUAUUGACAGCAGAUAUUACAAAAAAAUGUACCGACAGGUGA